UAGGCUGAGGUAUCGAAAAAAUCUUUCGAUAUACUGCACAUAUUCGCGAUGUAAAAAAUUUGCACUCCUAACAACGCGGUGAAGAUUUUAUUGCGAAAUUGUGUGUUGCUCUGUGGCGUCGGGAAAAUAAAAGUGUAAAUAAGCGUAAAAUAAUCAAUUUCUGUGCUAUAUUAUUGUAAAAGACGUUGUUGUUUUUAUUUUUUCAGUCCUGGUUGACAUUUUCAUGGAAACACCCAUAUGUCACUAUUCACAUCUGAUAAGAGGAUAUGGUCCCCUUAAACAUUUAUGGACCAUGCGCUUUGAACACAAACAUCAAUAUUUUANUUUUUAAAAAAUAUCUAAAACGAUGAAAAAUUUUAAAAAUGUAUCUUUAACUCUUUCUGAAAAACAUCAGCAAAUGCAAGCCAACCUUUUUGAAACCAGAUUUCAAUUAAAAAUUGUUCGCAAUAGUUACGAAUUUAUUUCUGAAAACAUGUUUAAUUUUAAUUUAUCCCCAAGUUUUACACUCGUUACAAAACAAAUUAAAUUCCAUGGCACAGAAUACAAAGAAAUCCAUUUCAUUGUCAUUGAUUCUGACGACCUGGGCAAUAUUACAGUCCUUAAAAUUAACUCAAUAUUUUUGGACGCUAACUGCGAAAAUGCAGUAUAGUGUAAUAAACUUAGUUGAUAUCCUAAUUAAAAAUCCAGUUCACGUUUUGUAUGUAAAAAAUAAAUAUUAUCUUUCUUUAUUCUCAACAUUUGUCGAAAAGAAAGAUUAGAAUUAAUGUAAAUAACGCUUUUUUCUUAAAAUAUAUACUUACAUGCAUAAAUAAGCACAUAUAACAUGUAUAUUAUAGUUAGAGCUACCCAUAUAUAUAUUCGUAAAUAAUAAAGUACAUACAUAAUUGCAAUGGCUGAGUACGUGUGCAAGGUAUGGAGCGCUGAUAGACGUACCAAAAAAACGUUUAUGACUUUAGCAUCUACGGAUACAUUAAUACAAGCAGCACUUAAUUUUGAUAUUAAAGGGUCCAAAAUAGUCUUAGAGUCCGACGGAACCGAAGUUUGUGGUGAAGCAGUCCUGGAGCAUUAUUUAAAACAAAAUGAAACUUUGAUGAUCAUAGAUAAUGAAGAAUGGUGCGAGAGAGCAGAAAGCAGUACUUCAGCAGCGGCACUUCAAAGAGGCACUCUUGAGCAAACUAAUUCAAAAAAUGGCGGAGAAGACAAUUACAUAACAUAUCUCUUUAUUGAAAAAACAAUUAUAUUUCAGAAUACUGGAGCGAUAACACUUCUCCCCUUUUUAAAACAAAUCAUACACAUUUUCUAUGUAUUUAUGUAAUUUAAUUUUUCCUGCGGAAAUAUCAGAAAACAAUGGAGUUCUUUGUAAGAAAUUUGUAUAAGUAUUAUCCGCCCUGUACUCGAGUUGCGAAGAAAAACAAAUAAUUCACAGGAGGUCAAUAAUUUAAUUGUCAAGCUAACCAAUUUUAAAUGAUUUAAAUAAAACUUCGUGUGUAAGUUAUACAUAUGUACAUAUGUAUAUAUGUAAGUGUAUA